AAUACGUGACCUGACGUGACCUUGCCUCCUUAGCCUGAGAUGUAGAGCGCAGGGGUUUGAACUCAAAGAAUAAUUGCAAGUCAUCCUGUCGUCUGCAACAUGGCUAGCAAAGGUGUGAUUGCAGAUAUAACAAAUGGAACAGGGGAAUUUGUUCGCAAACCGGCUGCAUUUAGGAAAUGGAUAACAGCUGAUGGAAGCAGUGGCUACAAGGCAGAGCGUGGUAGGUACCAUCUAUAUGUUUCUCUGGCAUGCCCCUGGGCACAUCGGACUCUUAUUAUGCGGAAGCUUAAGGGUCUGGAAAAAGUGAUAUCUGUGGACAUUGUUGACUGGCUGUUUUCAGAAAUUGGAUGGAGGUUCAGUCCUGAGAAACCUGGCUGCACCCCAGAUAGAGAAAAUGGUUGCACUUACAUGCGCGAAAUAUAUAUGAAGGCAGAUCCAAAUUAUGGUGGUAGAUAUACUGUUCCUUGUCUCUGGGAUAAACAAGAGAAGACCAUUGUGAGUAAUGAAUCCAGUGAGAUUAUCAGGAUGUUUAACACAGAAUUCAAUGAGUUUUGUGCUACACCAGAACAGAUGGAACUAGAUUUCUAUCCAGCACACCUAAAACAGCAGAUUGAUGGACUUAAUGAAUGGAUUUAUCCGAAAAUAAAUAAUGGGGUGUAUCGUUGUGGAUUUGCAAGGAAGCAGGAACCCUAUGAUACAGCUGUUGCGGAACUCUUUGAUGGUUUAGACAAGGUGGAGAGCAUCUUGUCUGGUAAACGUUACCUCACUGGACCUGAUAUGACAGAGGCUGACAUCCGCCUGUUUACAACCUUAAUCAGGUUUGAUCCUGUCUAUCAUGGACACUUUAAGUGUAACAAAAAGAGAAUAAUUGACUAUCCCAACCUGUGGGCUUACACCAGGGACAUCUAUCAGACUCAUGGUAUUGCAGAAACGGUCAACAUGGAUCAUAUUAAAAAACACUACAUGGAAAGUCAUGAUACAAUCAACCCAUUUCGCAUUGUCUCUGUUGGUCCAGAUCUCGACUACAUGGAGCCUCAUGGCAGGGAAAAAAUGUCGUUGAAAGGAAUAUAAAAAAGGAUAGCAAAUAAUUAAGGCAUAUGUGAUCUUAUGAGGUUUUAAUCUCACAGUU